AUGGAGAACGUUGAUCACUUGGACACUUGUAACGUAAUUGUUUGUAAGAAUGGAGAUGAGAAAACUGAAGACAAAAAUGUUCCUGAAUAUCGCCGUGAGAUUUGUAAGAAGACAUUCUCUUCAGAGGAUGAAGACUUGUCGCACGAAGAAAUACACAAGAAGGAAAAACGGUUCCGUUGUGAAAUAUGUGGGAAAUCAUUUCUUCGUAAAUCUCAGCUUGUAGUUCACAAACGUAGUCACACUGGGGAGAAACCAUUCCAGUGUAAAAUAUGUUGGAAAUCUUUUGUUUACAAACACGAUUUAAAAACACACCACAGGCUACACACUGGUGAGAAAGCUUUUCACUGUGAAAUAUGUGGGAAAUCAUUUCAUGAUAAUGCUUAUCUUGUGGUUCACAAACGUUAUCACACAGGAGAAAGACCAUUCCAGUGCAAAAUGUGUUUUGCUUCCGUACCUGGAAUUUUUGUUACAGUUUCUGCCAUAUGA